UCCAGACGUGUCCUGGCAUUUGCCAUUUGGCAAUAUUGCCAAUUACCAUUAUCUUUAGUUUACAUUUGGUCAGCGGUUCUGCCGCGUUUGAGUUACUGUUUGUAGGUGAUAAACCGUUUUUCUCGUAUUUGAGCUUUUCAGCUUUGAGCAUCGAUCMAAUUUUACAUCAUUACAUAAUAUUUUAUUAAAAUGACAGAACCGUCCCCUAAGAAGUCAAAAAUGUCGUCGCUGAGUCAGCUCAAGAAUUUUACUGUCGUUGUGGCUGACAMGGGAGAUUUUGAAACCAUGAAAAAGUAUAAACCUACUGAUGCUACCACAAACCCAAGUCUUAUUCUAGCUGCAGCCAAAAUGCCUCAGUACAAAGAUUUGAUAUCAAAAGCUCUGAAAUUAGCGGUUGCAAAUGGAAAGUUAAACCAUUUAAUAUAUAGGCAUGUUGCAAACACUGACAAGAAAAGUUUUGAACCUUUAAAAGAUCCAGGUGUUCAAUCAGUAACCAAUAUUUACAAUUAUUUCAAAAAAUUCAACUACAAAACCGUUGUAAUGGGUGCAUCAUUCCGUAACAUUGGUGAAAUYAAAGCAUUGGCUGGAUGUGAUUUAUUAACAAUUAGUCCUAAGCUACUUGAGGAAUUAGAAUUGUCUGAUGAGCCACUCACAGAGUAUUUAACGGUGAAGAAUGGUAAAGCAUCAGAUUUGAAAAGAAUUGAAAUUGAUGAAGCCAAAUUCCGCUGGGAAAUGAAUGAAGACAAAAUGGCCAAUGAUAAGUUGUCUGAAGGUAUAAGGAAUUUUGCAGCUGAUUCUCGUAAACUUGAGAAAAUUCUUACAGAGAUGUUGAAUAAAAUCAAUUAAAUACACUUUUAGUGUUCAUUUUUAUGUUAUUGGGAUCAAAUGUUAUUAAAUGUGAUGAU